AUGUGGUACCGUUUAUCAACAUUAAUAACAGCAUCACUAAUAUUGAUUUUCACCACAAAUAUUCAAGGAAGAGAUUGGAUCGACUACGAUGAACCAUCAUCCAAUGUUGAUGCAACAUUCGAGGAUGAUUCCGAUCAAUAUUUGAGCGCAUUAACACGUGAUGAAGAGCAAGAAAUACACAGUCCACUUGUAACCGGUUAUAAAUAUGUGUCAGGUGGAGCAGGUGAAGGUCGACAACAUCUUAGUCCUAGUGGUGAAAUACCAAAUCAUCCUGAAGUAAAAACCGACGAAGAACUUCCAUCCUAUUGUAGUCCUCCUAAUCCAUGUCCAUUAGGUUUUGAAGCUGAUGAUUGUGACGCAUCAGAAAUGUCUAAAUUUACAGCUGAAUACAGUCGACUAUAUCAAGCUACUCAAGAUUGCCAAUGUGACAAUGAUCAUGACGAAUGCUAUGCGAAUAGCAUUAUGUAUACUGUUCCACCACAUGGCUCAUCAAAGGGUAUUUUAAAGCGUGCUCGGCGAAUUAGACGCAGUGCUCGUCAUUCAGAUGAAAAAAAUCAUACGAAAGUUAAUUCGAAACAAAAUCCAUAUCAUAAAGGACAGACUCUGCGACUCCAUGUUGCUAAAAAGUCUCCAAUGAGUAUGGUGUCGUAA